GUCAUCCCUUAUCACACUAUUUUGCCUCCGUCUGCACCGUAUUAUUACGCUGUGCCUAGCUGGGAUCUCCUCGCACCGCACCGCAACGCUGCCCAGCACACUCGGAUUCGUGGUCUCGACUCUCCGGUGACGGUGAUGCCUGCGCAACGUGACACCGGCGAUGCACCCACCCACAGAAUACCGGCUGUACCUGUACGGCCCUCGUGGACGUCCCGCCGUGGCACAAGAACACCGCAACCAGCUUUUCUCGCUUCACUCCAAGGCCGACGUGGCGCAGAGUCCGGCCAAGGUUGUUCGAGACUGCAAUACCGGUAACUGUAUCUAUGUUCCGGGAGCAUGGCAUGGGUCGAGGAUGACCGAUAUUAGACUACGGCAUCCUACCACCAAACGUCGAUCUAAUUUGAGCCGUGCAUCCGCGCAAGAUCGCACAAACCCUAUUCUUCCGGAUGACGGGACUUGUGCCCUACGAUAGAGUUGAUACAUAGACAGGUGCUUCUUCUCCUCGCACCACCUCACUACCCACGUGGCUCUGUGAGACUUGGAAGCUUCGCCAUGCGCAUUCAGGAGUCACUCCUAAUACUGCUCCCCAUUUCAGCAGCCGCAGCGACUUUCCAAGUCGCCGACACCUCUGCCUCCGACACACUCGCUGCUAUAGCGUUGCGGAAUGUAGCAGCACAGCACUCAAAACGACAGAACCGGCAUGCGCCCGAACCUGACUCCUCACAACCACCACCAUCAUGCACCUUUGAAACAGCAUCAAUACGGCGGG